UUAAUAAUACGGUUAGGUAUUUAAUAAUAUGAAUUUUAGACAAAACACGCCGCGUCUUUGUGUUUUUAUCAUCAUCGAACAGAUCUGAUCGCCCCGAGUCGUCGUCUCUUCUCUCUCGAUUCCAACAAAAAAAACAAUGGCUGAGGCAACAACAGCUUUGAGGAAGCCUGUGUUCACCAAGGUUAAUGAGCUGAGACCAGGAACCAAUGGUCACUCUCUGAACGUGAAAGUUGUCAGCACGAAGAUGGUGAUGCAGAGAGGUGGUGGAGGUCGUCCCAGUGGUCCUCAGGCUCGUCAGAUGCGGAUUGCUGAGUGUCUUGUUGGUGAUGAGACUGGCAUCAUUAUCUUUACUGCCAGAAACGAUCAAGUGGAUUUGAUGAAAGAAGGCAAGGUUGUGACCCUGCGCAACGCCAAGAUCGACAUGUACAAGGGAUCUAUGAGGCUUGCAGUUGAUAGAUGGGGACGCGUUGAAGUCGCUGAGGAGGAUGCCACAGGCAUCACCGUCAAGGAAGAUAACAAUCUUUCCCUCAUCGAGUAUGAGCUUGUGAACGUUGAAGCUUGAUUUAGUUUCAGCCAACUGAAAGAAAGCAGAGUGACUCACAAGACUUAUAUUCUCUAGUUGUAGAAGCAAUAGCAUCUCUCUCUCUCUAGUCUCUACUCUGCUUUGAGUUUUUGCUUAUCAGAAUUUGCAGGUGGGGUUUGUUGCUGGUUUGAGUCUUUUAUGUAUUAUCUGGCUUGCCUCUGAUUUACCCUUUCUCGUUUUAAAUAUAAGGUUGCUGGAUCAUUCUCAUGUUCUAGUUUUGGUUUCUCUCUGUGUUGUCUUUGGAUGCUAUAAAUAAACGUAUAAAGACGAUAUAUGUAACGACGAGAACAAUAAGUUCUAUUUUAUUCCUA